AGGAAUCGGCGGCGAACGAGUGUGACGGAAGAGGUGUUCGUCAAGGUGGAAACAGGUGAAACCGUCGGAUGGACUUGUUGGAGAGGAACGACGAGAGGCGGAGGUGAGGGGGAGGAGGGAAGAACCGUGACGAUCAUCGUACUCGCGAUUGUCAGGGGAUUUUCGCGUUCGUACGGACGCCUCUCCCCCCACCGCCCCUUUUUCUCUUCUCGCCUCCCCGGUGGAAAAUAUUAAAGAUUGUGUGAGUUCGAGGGGAAAAUCGCGAGGACCCGCCACGAGGACCGCUCCGAUCAUCAACACCACCACCACAUCCCCCCUUCCGUCCUGGACGCUCGUGGGAAACGUUAUUUAUAUAUCGAGACGUGGGACGCGCCACGAAGAUCGAGAACGUCACCAUGAGGAUCAAAAUGCCCGCGGUCAGGAUCGCGCAAGCGGAAACCUCGCAAGGUACCACAUCCCCAGACACCGUCCAAUGCGGGGGUUGCAGGGCGUCCUACCCCCUCGGCGAGAUCGUGCGGUUCAUCGAGCACAAGGUCAACCACUGUCGCAGCACGUUGCAGGGCUGUCACAGUCCGCCGGCGACGGCGGCUCCGGAGGACUCCGAUCCGGAGGACGCCCUGGCCCUGAAGUCCGUCGAUCAGGACUCGAAGCUGAACUCUGUGCCCAGCAUAUCCGCCCCCAUAAAUAAACGGGGCGGAGGAAGGCUGGACAGUCCUCCGACGCCUCAGGGAUCCGGGCCGGAUGCUGGGAGCCCGAUCGAGCUGAAGGCAAGCGCCAGCUCGACACCGAAAAGACGAACGGAGACCUCCGAAGAAGAGAAAGAGGACAUACCGAAGAAACCGAAGAUCGAGUCCGUGGACGCAGACACGAACACAGUCAAUUCUGAACCGAGAUGGUUGCAGUGCUCCCAGUGUUCCAGAAGACUGUCCUCCGCGUGGGAGCUACUCCAGCACGUCCAGAGCGCCCACGGCGCUAGAUUGUACACCUCCCCGUCGUCGUCCACGAAUUCUUCGUCGACCACACCGGCACCUAGUCCGCCGACACCGACACCGACCCACACGCACCACCUGAGCCCGCCGAAUCAUUUGAAUCUCAGCGGAAAAUCGACAGGAAGUUCCUCCGCGGCGAACUCGUCCGGCGGGACGAACUCCAGCGGUAGCAGCGGUGGUAGACAACAGUUACAGUCCUCCGCUUCCCUAGUCGGCGAUCCUCUGCACAGUUUUCUGAGGCUACCUCAACACCUGGAACGAAGCUUUCCGCCGAUGUUCAGGCCAGACUUCCUUGCCCUGAAUCCGCUGGCCGGGUACAGAGGCCUCCAAGAACUCCAGACCGCGACCAGGAAUCUUCAGAACCUGGGCGAUCCGCUUCGGGGCAUGGACGGGCUGAACUUAGGGGAUCCAUUAGUCCGUAGUUCAUUGGACUCUCUGAACAACGCCCGGAACCUGGCGAACUUAGCUGAAUUGUCGCACGGUCGUGGGCUUGCCGGUCAGGCGCAUCCUCCUCCACUUGAAGCCAACCUGGAUUUUUACUCGGCGCGCCUAAGGAGCCUCGCUAAUCCGUCCUUAGGCGCGGCUCCACCUAGUAGCGGUAACACGACGACGAACGCUAAUCCGCCUGCCCCGGUACCACCUGUACCAGUACCGAGUACCGUCCAACAACAGCAACAGCAGCAACAGCCACAGCCCCAACCGCCACAGCCGGUCCAGAAUCAUAGUCAAACGGUCGAGUCGCCGAAACCGGCGUCCAACAACACCACGAUCAUCACGCACGGUAACCAUCAGAAGGAGAACUCACCGCCCUGCUACAAUCAAAGUCCGAUCGGUCAUCACAACAACAACAACUCGACCGACAGCGAGAAGACCAGCCCGCCAGUCGCCUCUACGCCGAUCAUCACGGAUUCCGCGUCCGAGACGAUCUACACGUGCGAGGUAUGCGACAAGAAAUUCCGUUUCCAAUCCAACCUGAUCGUCCAUCGACGAAGCCAUCGAGACAAAGAGAGACAGUAUCAACGGGACGGCACGCAGGACGGUCAAACAACGCCCACCAGAUGCGAGGUGUGCGAAAUCGAAGUGGCCAGUUUCGCGGAGUUAAGGAAACACAUGAGAAAGGAACAUCAGGAGAACCUAAACGCGGCCAGUCCCCAAGGCAGCGUCGAGACUGUCCCCGAUGACGGUUCCAGCUGCGACGAAAACAUGGACCUAGACGAGGCGGAAGAGACCGAGCCCAAGGCUGAACGAGAAGAUAACGAAGAGAAUACUCCCGAGGAUUUGAGCACUACCCAAGGUCAAAGCGGAGAGGAAAGUGGUGGAAGAGUAGAACAGAAACCCGCCAGUCUGGUCGGUGAUCUGAUGGAGAAGUUCGGGUUGAGCAACAUAGCACAAUACUCGGAAGCCUACCGACAGGCGUUGCAGGAGAACCAUCGGGGCGGAUUCAUCAAGACGGAAUCCCCGUCGAACCUGACCAACUCUCUGAACAAUAACAAAGAGAAAGACAGCGCCCUGUCGCCCACGAACUUCAAUUCCUCGACCACACCUAACAUAUUCUCCGGUCAGGGUUUUCCCAGGUCCUCGGGCCCGGACUUCGGCGGCCUAUGGCUGCCCAGUCCCCAUUACCUGGAGAACAACGAAUUCCGUAAAGCCUCGAAGGCCACCACAUCGAGCCUAGCGUUACAAGGCCUGCCCAGCCCGUUACUGAAGAAAGAACGCAGCGGUAGAAACGACACGUGCGAAUACUGCGGCAAAGUGUUCAAGAACUGCUCGAACCUGACGGUACACAGGCGAUCGCACACCGGCGAGAAGCCGUACAAAUGCGAACUGUGCUCGUACGCGUGCGCGCAGAGCUCGAAGCUGACCAGGCACAUGAAGACGCACGGCAGACACGGCAAGGACACGUACAAGUGCCGUUUCUGCGAGAUGCCGUUCUCCGUACCCAGCACGCUAGAGAAACACAUGAGAAAGUGCGUGGUGGUCGUGCAACAGGGUCCGAAAUUGGGCAUGCCCUAUCCAGGUAGCCAAGACGAGGACUCCUCGUUGAGCACGAAGGACACUUGAUCUUGGAACGGAAGCCUACCGCCGAUCCCGCCGCUAUGGCCGCACAGGCCACCCUACCCAGUGUACUGAAGAGGGGGAUCUUCUUCCUCGGUGAGAGCAGAGACACAGAGAGUAGACGAGAGCGAACCGAGUCGUGAACACGUGUAGGUGUGUCCCGAAAUGGGAGAGAUGAGUCUUUUUUAAAAAGGCAGACUUACGUAAAUCGCGCGACGAGAGAAGCCGCCGCGUGAUCCGGAGGAUCUUCCUGAAAUGUCCAAGGUCGCCUCUCUAGAUUGGGAGAGAGAGAGGUGGUGUAUAAGGCAGUCGACGAUCGAAGGACCUGGAAACGGUCCCAACGAGGAUGCAUAUAGAAAUGCAAACAACGAGGCCCUCGAGGCACGACCGAACCACGAGGGUCUUCCUGAUAACGAGAAACUGGACCGGAUGAAUAUGGUUCAGGAUAAAGAAGAAGAUCG